UCUCGAAGAGACUAGUGGGAGGAACUUUGAUUUGUUUCAAUAUUUUAGUCGCAUUAUCCUUCACGUUUUUUUGUGGUAUUUGUACUGUAUUAUAUAGUCUUGAAAGAAGGGGAGGAAAUGUGGUUUAUUUAUUUACUCAGCUGGUUUUCUCUGGUGAUACAGAUAUCCUUCGUCACUCUUGCUAUCGCUGCUGGUCUGUACUACCUGGCUGAGCUAAUAGAAGAGUACACAGUAGCCACCAGCAGAAUCAUAAAGUACAUGAUAUGGUUCUCCACCGCGGUGCUGGCGGGGCUCUACCUGUUCGAGGGGUUUCCUGUGCUCAUGGUGGGGGUGGGCCUCUUCACCAACCUGGUGUAUUUCGGCCUGCUGCAGACCUUCCCCUACAUCAUGCUCACCUCGCCCAACUUCAUCCUGUCCUGCGUCCUGGUGGUGGUGAAUCACUACAUGGCCUUCCAGUACUUUGCAGAGGAGUACUACCCCUUUUCUGAGGUCCUGGCCUACUUCACCAUCUGCCUGUGGAUCAUCCCCUUCUCCUUCUUCGUGUCCCUGUCGGCGGGGGAGAACGUGCUGCCAUCGACGGUGCAGCAUGGAGAUGAUGUGGUGUCCAACUACUUCACCAAAGGCAAGAGGGGCAAGCGCUCUGGCAUCCUGGUGGUCUUCUCUUUCCUGAAGGAGGCGGUGUUGCCCAGCCGGCAGAAGAUGUACUGAGGGAGAGAAGUCGUGCCGCGGAGGAGAGGACUGGGGGCCUGCAGGAUCUGCGCUGGGGGUGGGGGGAGGAGGGAUGGGGCCCGAGGAUCACCAGCACAGACCAACGGCCGGCCCGGCCUGCACGUGCCACUCUGAUCAUGCGCCCGAGGACCGCCGCCAGCAGUGCCUCCGGGAGGACCCCUCACAAUCUGCGUUGGGAGUUUCUUAUUUUCUCUGUUUUUUUUAGAACUGGUUAUUGAAUCGUCAUUCUGAUCUGGGAAUGCAAGGACCUUGGAUGAUUAAGAAAUGAGAGACUGUGACCAGUCCAGCAGCUGCGCUGCACAGUGGAUUUGAAAGUGCUUUCCCAGCCAAGAGACUGGACUACCUGCCUGUGUGUCUGUGACUCUUGUCGCCUUGUGUAUCACGUAUGUAACAGAUUCUCUUUCUGGUUUUCAUUAGAAACCGGAAGGACUAAUGGAGCAACAAAAAUUAAACCGCAGUCCAUUUCUCUGGGG